UCAAAAAUUAGUUUCAAUUUUGAAUUUGCUGGAGGUGGGGAUUUCGUCCUGCCGCCAUAUUGUGUCGGGCUGUCUGUGAGUGCUUUAUGUUAACAAAUUUCUGAAAUUGUGGUGUAAAUUCCUUGUUAAUAAAAUAAAAGAUUGAAAGUCCAGGUGGACAGAAGUCAACAUGGGAGCAAAGCAGAGUAAGCGGUCGGUGGACAUAAGCGGCAAGGAAGCCGAAAACGCCGGUGAAGUUGCGGCGGCGGGCGCCGGCGGCGAGGGCCGCGUCGAGCAGCUCGCCGACGCCGACGCCGAUAUCAAGCCGCAGCUCAACGGCGACGCGCACAUACAGCCCCCGCUCGAGAUCUCAGACAAAGAGAAACAGCUCGACAGCGGGACUCCUGAGAACGAAAAGGACGCAACAACAGAGAAGGAAGGCAAGGAAGAACAGAACGGAGAUAAAGAACCCACACCCGUGACGAACGGGGACAGCGAGCCCAAGGACGAGAACGGGGACUCCGUGCCCACGCCCGAGGACGGCAAGAAACCUAAGAAAGAAAAGGUCAAGAAAAAAUGGUCACUGAGGUCCAUCAGUUUUAGCAGAAAAGACAAGCCAAAACAGGAGAAGAAAUCCAAGGAAGAGGAACCCAAAACGAACGGCGAACCAGAGAAAGUGCCGGAAGAGGCGGCCGAAGCUACCCCCGAAUCCGUCGACAAUAAAAUCGCGGAAGUCGUACAGACUAACGCCGAAGUGAAAGAGGAGAAGACCCCCGAGACGCCCGUCACCGAGCCCAUGACCAACGGCAGCAGCACCCCCGAGUCCCCCAAGGCCGAGCUCGCCGCGCCCGCGCCCGCGCCCGCCACCGUCGAGACGACGCCCGAACAGCUCCCCGUCAACGGCCUCGCGCUGGACCAACCCGAACCCGAGCCGCCCGCGCCGCCCGCCGCGCACGAGAGCGAACCCGAGGCGCCCGCGCCGGAACCCGCCCCGGCCCCAGAAAUUCCUGUCAAAACAGAGGAAACCGCCGGCGAAAUCGUCGCGGCCCCGGUGACCACGAGCGAAGCGGAAAAUGGUGAGGCUCACAUCGAUAGCGAAAUUGUUGAUAAAACCCCCGAAGUAAUUAAACACGAACCCGAGGUAAUCAAAUACGAAGACACUUUAACAAACGAACACAAUGUCGCGGAAAGUAUUAAAACGCACGUAGAAACAGUUGAAAUCGCCGAAAUCCCCAAAGCGGAGCCCGAGCUCGAGACUAAAGUUGUAGACCUUCCGAGCGUCGAAGAUAACGCCCCAGCGCCGACCAUGAACGGAAACGGCUCAAUAGAAACACAAAGUCCGGGAGCGGAGGACGCGAACGGCGUCGACAACGUGGCGCCCGUCGAGCCGAGCGCGGACACCGACCAGCCCGACUCCGGCGAGGAGCUGCCGCCGCCGCCGCCCGAGGACGAGCUCUCCCGAGGGAGCGACGACCUCGCACCGGCGCCCCACGCGGACCCCCUGCUAGGAGACGCCCUCACGAACAACCACGCCGUCGACGCGGAGGCGAACGACAUCGCGGACGAGACCGAACAGAAAACAUUAAAGAACAAAAAAGUAGACGCGCUCGGGAACAUAGUAGACAAGAUCGAGUGCAACGGCAACGCCGACACGGAGCGGCUCCCGCCGGGCCCGGCGCCGCCGCCCCCGGCGCGCGCCGCCUCGCCGCCGCCGCCCGCCGCGCCCGCCGCCACAGAACAGGAGCCCCUGCCCAUCGCGGACAAGAUCGCCGACUUGAUACCAGAGAUCCCGACCAUCCCAGAACUGAACACCGAAACGGAGAGCGCGGUGGCGGUGGCGGACUAGAGAGCGAGCGCGGACGUGCCCAGAAACAAGCCUUUAAUUUAUUCCCAUUUCGUGGUAAAGAGUGUCGAACUAAGUUCGCUCGUUUCACGUUCGGUUUUAAAUGUGACCUUUCAUAUAGAAUAUUAUAGUAUAAGUUUAGCGUGCUUUGCUUCUGAAUUAAAAAAAUAUACAUUUUAUUCGCUAGGAUCGAGUUAUAAUUAUAUACGGUAACAAAGUUAUGUAGGCAGUAUACGGUGCGAUAAGUUGGUGCCAUUAUUACAGGGGUAUAAGUUAUGUGUCGCGGCUCAGUGCAGGCGCCGGAGCAUAGAGCAGGGCUGUAUUAGAGUUGUUGCUCCGUGUUGAAGGUACAAACAAAUAAUUUAAUUUGAUUAUCAUUUCCUACCUUUUCAUAGUGACAGUCAAUAUGAAAGUCGCUAGGGACCUCACACUAUUCACACUACGACAACGUACGAAAUGGUACUCAAAUUAAAUUCCUUGACCGUACCGCGCCUCGUGACGAGGCGAAAGGUGUAACCGACCUUCUAUGGGUUCCUUUAUGUAGCUAAAAAUAGGAUCUGAAACUUUUUAGAUCAUAAAAGCCGUUAAGCUAAUGUGUACCACCUUUUAACAGAUACUAGUAAAUUGUACUUUUUCCGGUCUGCGAUUUACUUAUAAUGUAGUCUAAUUUAAAACAUAAUGGCGGUAAAUUAAAGUACAGUAGUUAAUCUGCUCGGACUGUCGCGCUACACUAGCUACAUUCCAAUUGCUCAAUUUUACUAACCGGGUGAACUAAAACUACGGAUAUGUCUCGUCAAGCUUUAACAUCGAAAUUAACUUCCUUCUAAAAUGGUGUAGCAGCUACUUGCCGCAAAACGAAGUGGCGAGUCAGGUCAUAAUGCCAUCUCUUUCAGUCUUAGUUGGUCUUAACAAAGUAAAGGAGAUAGCAUUAUUAUCUCAGUCGCUCAGUUUGCGGGUAUAGUGAAAUAGCAGGGGUCCGCGAACUGUCAUCUCAAUACAAUUUCUAACCUUAAAAUGCCAAACUGUAUUGAGAUGACAGCUGCCACCGAAUCCAAGCUAUGUGAAAAAUAUUAUAGUGACUUGAGAUUAGUGAAAGUGAUGCUGUUACAGUUGUCUGUAAGUUUGUCGUCCCCUGAAGUAGCACCGGAAGUGUGGAGUCCCGGCGCCGUCGGAUCUCAGCUGUUUACUUCGAAAACUUAACACUCGUCCGAGUUAAACGAGGGUAUUCCUCUAACGAACCGCUUUACAUUUUAUACCUAUAAAAUGAUACAAGUAUCAUCUAUAAUAUAACGCAAGCUCGAAAGGUUUACUAUUAUGUAUAUACGAAUAAAUGAUUUUUCAUUAACCUUAUUUUUAAAACUGUUAAUUGCGUGUCGAGAGUAUAAAUUCAGUGUACAUUGUUAAAUAAUGAAGUCGAAAUUAAUUUGAUUUAUUAUAUCAUUAGUGUGGUAAUUUCGGUAACUAGUAAACUCGUGUAUAAAUUUAGUUUGAUGGUGAGCUCUCUGUAAUGAAGUGGGGAAGGUAAGGAUAGGUGGAGGAGCGAGGCGCGUCGUUGUCGGCAGUCGAACCUGAAGCUAAAUUAACGGCCACCCAGACGACUUCAAACGGAAACGGCCUAUUGGCUGCCAAAUUUUUGAAAAUUUUAAUCUUGAUAUUCAGUGGCCAAAGUUUUGAUUAAACUAUACAAUUUUUAUGCAUAUACAGACAUACACAAUUAUACUACUGUAAUAUUUAGAUUAGUAUGUGUAAUAGAAGUCGAUUAAUGUAAGUUAGUGAAAGCAGUACAAUACUUAGUGCUGCUUCUAGUGUGUCGGUUUCCACCUCAUACCUAUAUAGAAUUACUAUACUAUUGGAUUAAUCAAUAGCAACGGCGUCCAUUUGUCAUAUGGUUUCAUAAUCAUUUUUGUAAUUUUGUACAUUUUUUACGAAAUUGAAGUGACGAUUGCACGAUGAGGCGACUCAGGAUAUUAGCAGUAAAUGUGUGAGACAUUCCAUAUCCAACCGCCGCCCGCUGCGGCCUGCGGCUCAGCCUCCCGUGCGUACUGGCUUGCGGCCGGGUCCGUCCCUCAUCCUUCGUGGCGUUUACUCUAAUGGAAUUGUUUAUAUAUUAUACAUUCAUAAUAUAUUUUUUCUUUAUAAUUUAUAUUGAUGCUUGUAUAAUGUUAUUAUAGGAACGUGCGAGACGAUCGCAAGAUGUAACAACUUGUUCCUUCAUCUAUAUGCUAAUGAAUUGAUAUUGCAAGUAAAAUUGUGUCAGCUAUUGAAAUAUUUACAUUUUAAUAAUAUAUCAUUAUAAACUCAAAUAUUGUUUGCUCAUAAUGGCAAUGUGCGACUUGUAUGAUAAUUAUGAUAUUCCAAUUUUUAUUAAACUUAAAUGUUGAUGUGUGAAUGUCUCUAAUCAAUAAAUAAUAAAACCAGAAA